AGUUACCGUGACAGCUGAUGCAGUAAAUAUUUACAUUCUCAUUGUCUACUCGGGUGGAGGCUGCUUUCCAUUCUAAACCAUAUUAGUCCGGUGCAGUGAGUUCAGAGAUCAUGCCCGAAAAGAUUAUCAUAGUGACUGGAUUCGGUCCAUUUGUGGGUCAUGAGGAACGUAACGCUAGCUGGGAAGCGGUGAAUCUUUUACCCGAUGUGUUCCUCUUUCGCAAAGACACAUACCAACUACGUAAAUAUAUGAUACCAGUGACGUACGAGGAGGUGGAUCGUAUCGUCCCACUCAUCUGGAAGCAACAGCCAGAUCUGGUAGUGCACGUUGGCGUUCAUGGAAAAAUCAGUACAAUCAACCUGGAACAUUGCUCUUACACAUCUGGAUACUGCAAGCCAGAUUUCGCUCGACGUUGUUUGCCUUGCGAUAAGAUAACACUCAGCGGAAAACAUGCGACAGAAGAAGGAUGUACGAUGCUGAAAACGAAUCUUAAUAUUGAACGAAUCGCUAAAGAGCUAAAUCUUGAAACGAAUGUGGAAUGCUGUUGUUCAACAAAUGUCGGAAACUACCUGUGCGGGUACAUCUAUCUCAAAUCGCUUGAUGUGAAUCCCGAUAGAGCACUAUUUAUACAUGUACCGAAGAUAGAUGAACCGUACUCCUCAGAGCAAACGAAGGUGGCAAUCUAUAACGUGAUCGGUAAAUGUUUGGAUCAGCUUGCUGGCGAGCAGAAACUGUUCUGAAAGCGGCUCUUGUAGAUAAGCUCCAAGAUGAAUACGACAAUUGACCUCACAAAAAAGAUAUUUAUCAUUGUUGUGUUCACAAAUGUACAAUGUUUUAUGUUCUAUACACUGAUUAUGAAUUGUACUGAGCGAAAAAAUGCUAAAUCGUAAAUGAAUUUAUCUAGCUUUGCAAAUGUGCUAUUUUGAUUUAAUUUCUGUUUUAAUGUAAAAACGAACCGUAGUUUAUCGAUGUCAAAAGAAUAAAGAGACAAUCUUUGCGGUCUCCCUAACGGGA